AUGGCCGGAGCAAGUACAACCUCUUUUACCUGGCUUCGACGUCAACAGUCGGAGCUGGAGCAGCGAACACAGGUAAAAGAUGAGCGAAUGUCAACAGGUGAAGGAGAAGAUACUGAAGAACCAAUUAUUGGUGGUGAUCAGGCGAUAAUUAUAAAAUUCGAAGAUUUUAAUGAAGUUGAGGAUACUAAGAUUAAGAAGAAGAUAACAUUGGGUCUAGACUACGAGAAUGUGAUUUUGGCUUGGGAUGAACAAAGCAUGGACUUCGAUGAGUAUGAUUACCUAGAAAAGGCGGUGGAAGAAACUAAAGUCCCGUCCAAAACCGCCGAAAAAAAGGAAACUUCUGACAAGGAAAAAGACAGAGACAGGAGCGAAAAGGGAUACAGACGAAGAGACAGGAAUGAAGAUGAUGACUUGGACGAAGAAGAGAGGGAUCGAAAGAGCAGCGGCAAAAAAUCGCGAAUAGACAGGGAUAAUGAAGAGAAUGGACGAGACAGAGACCGCGACAGGGAGCGUGAUAGGGAAAAGGAGAGAGACCGGGAUAGAGAGAGGAGCUCGAGGCGUAGGAGUUCCGACAGGGAUUUGGAGCGGGAAAGGGAUAGAGAGAGGCGGAGCUCGAGGGAACUCGAACGGGAUAGGGAGAAGAGAGACAAGGAUAAGGAGAGGGAAGGGGAAAGGGAAAGGGAUAAGGACAGGAGGGAGAGGGAGAAAGAGAAGGAGCGAGAGAAGAGGGAGAGGGAAAAGGAAAGAGAAAUGGAAAAGGAAAAGGAGAAGCCGAGGAGUAGAAGUCGACCUAGGCUGGAGCAUGAAAGGGAUAGGGAAUUGAUGAGAGGAAGGGAGCAUGAACUGCGCGAUAGCAGGAGAUUCAAGGAUAAGAAAGAAGCAACAGAGCCUGAAGCUGAUCCAGAAAGGGACCAAAGAACUGUUUUUGCCUACCAGAUGCCUCUGAAAGCCACAGAGAGAGAUGUUUAUGAGUUCUUUUCACAAGCUGGAAAGGUAAGGGAUGUACGACUUAUUAUGGAUCGGAAUUCAAGGCGAUCAAAAGGAGUUGGAUACAUUGAAUUUUACGAUGCUAUGUCUGUGCCGAUGGCUAUAGCUCUGUCUGGCCACCUUCUCUUUGGACAACCAGUAAUGGUCAAACCUUCUGAGGCUGAAAAGAAUCUUGUUCAAUCCAAUACUACUGUUGGUGGUUCAGGUGUUGUCGGACCUUAUGGUGCUGCAGAUAGGAAGCUGUAUGUGGGCAAUUUACACUUUAACAUGACAGAAUUUCAGCUUAAGCAGAUUUUCGAAGCUUUUGGGCCUGUUGAACUUGUGCAACUGCCUACGGAUCCAGAGACAGGACACUGUAAAGGUUUUGGAUUUGUUCAAUUUGCGCAACUUGAACAUGCUAAGGCAGCAGAGAGUUUGAAUGGUAAACUGGAGAUUGCUGGUCGGACCAUCAAGGUUUCAUCAGUUACAGAUCAUGUUGGAGUGCAAGAUUCUGGAACAAAAACUGCAGAUUUUGAUGAUGAUGAUGGGGGUGGUUUGUCUUUAAAUGCUCAGUCAAGAGCAUUGCUCAUGCAGAAGCUGGAUCGCAGUGGUACUGCUUCUAGUGUCACGGGGCCCAUCGGAGUGCCUGCUCUCAAUGGAUUGGCUCCACAACAGUCUAUCAACUUGCCAAUGAACCCAUCAACAGUUCUCCAUCCCCCGGUUCUUCCAACACAACUGGUUUCUAUGGCUCCAGAACCUAUUGGGAACCCCAGUGAGUGUUUGCUAUUGAAGAAUAUGUUCGAUCCAACUGCGGAGGUGGACCCGGAGUUCGAUUUGGAUAUUAGAGAUGACGUGCAAGAAGAAUGUUCCAAGUACGGCGUAGUGAAGCAUGCUUAUGUGGACAAGAAUAGUGCCGGAUAUGUAUACUUGAGGUUUGAAAGUGUUGAUGCAGCGUCACGUGCUCAACAAGCUAUGCAUAAAAGAUGGUUUGCUCGUAGAUUGAUCUCAGCAAUAUUCUUGCAACCAUAUGAAUACGAUGCCAAGUUCAAGGGUGCUGCUUGA